GAGCUGGUGUUAGUGACAUAGUGGGAUCGUCACACUAUAGGCGCGUGGCAUCGGAUCCGCUUUUCCACCAUUAAGAAGGUUAGGUGCUGACCCAACCUCUAAAUAAUAACCACACAGUAUUUCAGUGUUUAAGCCUGGUCUUCAUUGACUGCAUUAUAAUUCUGAUGAGUUUUUUUUAGUAGUUAGGGGCAAAUUAGCGUUGGAAUGGCUUCCUCUGCAAACCAUGCCGCUGAAUCUUUCUCUAAUCCAAACUGGAGUAACCAUUGCGUUGCUGUGGAGAGUGUGCAGGAGCUUUCACUGAAGAAACCCAAUGAAAUUCCCCAGAGAUAUAUCAGAUCAGAAGAUGAGAGGCCAUUUUCAGCACCAUUUUCUUCUCUCUUGACAGUUCCUGUAAUCGACAUGGAAAAGCUACUCUUGCCAUCUGACAACCAUGAAAGACAGAAGGAGAUGGGCAUUCUUUCUGAGGCUUGCAUAGAGUGGGGUUUCUUUCAGGUUGUGAACCAUGGAAUUCCACAUCCGUUGAUAGAUCGCAUGAGAGGAGUGGCUAAUGAGUUCUUUAGUCUUUCCUUGGAUGAGAAGAAAAAGUAUGCUCCCCGAGCAGGAGAAGCCCAGGGCUAUGGUAAUAUGUUUGUGGUUGAUGAAAAUCAGACUUUGGACUGGGGGGACUUGAUGGCUUUGGUACUUAUGCCUAAAAAGCUUGUCAACUUGGCUCUGUGGCCAACCACACCAUCAGAUUACAGAAAUAUAGUGGAGAUGUACACUAUUGAGGUGGAAAGCGUGGCUAUGAUAAUCCUAAGUCUAUUUGCUGAGAACUUACAAUUAAAGAAUGAUUAUUUUAAAGAAAAGUUUGGAGAAGAUCCAAUGAUGACAAUGAGGAUGAAUUUGUAUCCACCUUGUCCUAGGCCCGAUUUAGUGUUGGGAUUGAGUCCUCAUUCAGAUGGAGGUGCCAUAACACUUUUGCUUCAAGAUGAUCAAAUAGAAGGCCUUCAUAUCCGCAAGAAUAAUGAAUGGAUUCCUAUUCUACCCAUUCCUUAUGCACUGGUCAUAAACAUUGGUGACUUGAUAGAGGUCAUGACAAAUGGAAUCUACAAGAGUAUAGAACAUCGAGCAGUGACAAACAAAGAGAAUACACGAUUAUCUAUUGCUAUGUUUUACCAAUCAGGCUUACAUGAUGAAGUGGCUCCUGCAAGCAACCUUGUAGAUGAACAACAUCCCUCCUUAUAUAGAAAAUUCAAACAUCAAGAAUAUAUUCAUUAUUACAUGAAUAAACAACUUGAUGGGAAAAAAUCACUAGCUAACUUUGCCAAAAUAUGCAAAUAGAUGUAAUGCCCAUCCUAGUUACAGCUUGGAGAUGUGCUUAUCUUAAUGAUGUAUGGACUAUGCACCCAAGGGUGCAUGGGUUGUGAGUGUUUUUCCUCCUUAGUGGUUAUUUUAUAUGUUGCUUCUACAUGUUUAUGGUAUCUUCAUGACAUAUGAUGUGUAUGGAUCAUUGCAUGUUUGAGAUGCAAAUCCCUCAACAUGAUAGUCAUUGAUGAUUCUAUAUUGAGAUGCAUGUGUGUAUACUAUUGUGUUUGGUUCCUUGUGAGGACCUAUGUGCUCCCUUGUGACAAUACUUCAUGUGAUGUGUGUGAGAUAAUGUUAUACUUAAUUUUUCAUGCUUAAAUUUAAUGAUGUUUGAGA